AAUUCGAAUAAAAAUUACAGAAAUUGAAAAUUAACGCGAAUAAAUUUCGCCCAUCUCACGCCAUUCAACGUCAUUUCAAGCCAUCAGCUAUCGAUCUCACGAACCAUGUCCCAACUUCAAAACACACGAUAAUCCAAAAAGAUAAACCCACAAACUUCACUCGUUUCACCCAUCACUAACCUCUCACUUUCCCACUUUCGGUCAAACACUUUAAAUUCCCAGUUACACCAAAUCUGGCUUCCAACUCAAUUCGAUUCUAACGGGACCACCACGACCAGAAACAGAAAAAUCGCGAGGCAAUCGAGGCGAGAAAGAAGCAAUGACAAUUCGAUCGCAGCGAGACUCCAGUACGAGUACCUGUUCCGGUAAAUUAUCAUCCACUUACAAUUUCGAGGAUGACGAAAUGUAUUCUUACGUGGACAUCACCGAACGUCUGAUGAUGGCCAGACCGUUUCGUCGAACAAUCGUCGAUCCAGUCGGUUCUGGUGACAAAAACUUGUUGCUAUCGAUGCGUUGGAGCUUGUUCGCCCAUGUACCGCCAUUCAUUAUCUUUCAUUCGAACGACACCGGCAAACUCCCUGAUCAGAUCACCAGACACCUACUUUGGUGGAAGACAAAGAGAAACACGCCAAAAAUCCUGGCCGCCGUGGUUCGUAACUCUGGCUUCAAGACGACCAACAGGUCUACAGACAACUGGUGCGGCACUUGGUGCAGCACUUCCGCUUACACGAAACUAAGACGCACGAAGAACUUCUCCAAAGUGAAUCAUUUUCCCAGUUGCGACGAGUUAGGCGACAAAAUACUACUCUGGAGAAACUUUCGUAGGAUGAGGAAGAAGUUUGGCGCCAACAAUUUUUACUACAUGCCAAUGACCUUUGUUCUACCUAGCGAGAGAGCCAAUUUGAGGAAACUGAUGGAGAAGAAUGGCGGAAUUUGGAUCGUGAAGCCUCCGGAUUCUUGCGCAGGCAGCGGAAUAAAAAUAGUUUCCAAUUUCUGCGAGAUUCCUACUUAUCGAUCUUACGUGGUUCAAAGAUACAUCUCCUCGCCCAGACUGAUCGAUGGUAUUAAAUUUGAUAUGAGAUUGUACGUAUUGCUGACCAGCAUCGAUCCCCUUAGGAUCUACGUUUAUAACGAAGGUUUGGUUAGACUAGCUACCAUCAAGUAUGUUAAUCACGUGGACACGCUGUCGGAUAGGUUCAUGCACCUGACGAACACCAGCGUGAACAAGGUUAAUCCGAAUUUCAAACCUAACGACGAUCCAAACAAGUGCAAGGGUAACAUGUGGUCGUUGAACUGUCUAUGGAAGUAUCUGGCGGCGAUGGACGACGUGGACAUUCUUCAAAUCUGGACCAAGAUCAAGGACAUAGCUAUUAAGACCGUAAUCUCUGCGGAACCAUCUUUACACAGAGCCUGGAAGAGAACUUCGAUGACGGCUUAUAAUUUCUAUCAGCUUUUCGGUUUCGAUGUUUUAUUGGAUAGACAGUAUCGACCUUGGCUGCUCGAAGUCAACGAUUUCCCUUCCAUGGAACCUGAUACACCGUUGUGUAAGUUGGUCAAAGGACAAUUGGCCGAGGAUUACUUGAAUCUGGUCGGUUUUCACGUGCCUGACCUAUUGAAUUGCAAGGAAUUGAGGCUUCUUAGGCUGAUUUACAGGAAAAACGCUAUUUGUUACAAUCGACAGUUGUACUCGAAUAUGCUGACACGGCAGGUUAGAAAGAAGCAGUAUAAUUUUAUAAACAAGGCUACCAGGAAAUAUUAUUUGAAAUCGAUCUUGAAACAUCUUACGCCGGAUGACGUCAGAGUUUUGAUAAGACACGAGGAUGAGAUCGUGCAGACUGGUGGCUUCGAGAGAAUCUUUCCUACGUGCGAGACGUACAAAUACUUUCCUUUCUUCGAAGCAGUUAGAUAUUAUAAUUUGCUAUUGGAUGCCUGGGAGAACGAGUAUACGCAUAAUCGAUUUAGAGGCAUCGAGAGACUGAGGAAACUUUGUAGGAAAAAAUAUCAUUUGUCUUGAAGAAGGUACUGUCUCGUGAUUAUUUCGAAAUGGCAGCGUUAUUCUGAAAUUUUGUUCGAGCAAAAGCAUUUAAAGGGAUGUUACACUUGGUGGUUUUUCGAGUAACUUGAAGCCAGUUCAUCUUCCUCGUGGAUUAAAAUUAACAAGUAUUUCCAGAAUCAGAUUUCAGUAAUUUAUUAUCAAGCGGAAUUUGUCCAAGUGAAAUAAAUUAAUCGAUGAUCGAACAACACAUUGGCGAUGAAUGAAUAAUUUGAAUGUAGUUGAUAUUGUAACAAAAAGGGGAACGACAUUGUAGUAUUUUGCAGCGAUAAACAUAAUGCAAUGCUUUAUGGGCUUAUUAUGAAUUUUACAUUAUUUUGUAAAUAAUUUACGAAGUGGAGCAUUGGUAUGAAACAAUUUUUUCGACAUUUUAACAAACUUACACAAGUUGUAACUUAUCGUAUCUAGAAACAAAAGAUAUGUACAAAUAAUUAAAAAGCUGUCAGGAAAUUAGUUUACUUGCUUUUCAGUUUGAUCGACGGAGAAUCAUUUACAAAUUGGUGCUAUUUUUUAAAUCGAAACUAAUUUAACAAUAAAAUUUGAUAACAAGAAACGUAUCGCUACACAAAUGUUAAUAUUCCGGAAUAUAAUAUAGUUUUAAAGUGUGCAGUAUUUUCUUGAUUCGGUGUAAUCGACUGAGGAAUUGUAAAAUAUUAAAGUUUAUUAUACACAUAAAUGAUUAGUUGUUUCAAUGAAACGACACGCUAAAUAUAUAUAAUUUUUAUGUAAAUAUAUAAUCAAAACAAGUGAUUCACUUUCUACCGAUACUGUAUAAUAUUAUUAAUUUAGUGUGUAUUUUGAAACUAUGACAAAGAAUAAUAAUUGUACUUUGUAAGAUGAA